ACUCUUCAUUCAACAUCAGCCUGUGACCGCUGCCAUUCUCUCUCUUUCUCUUUUCUCUCUUUCUCUCUCUCUCUCGCUUAUUUUCCGGCGAUCGGAGAACCAGAGCGAUGGCGGGAAUAAGGUGGCCUCCUGAGGAUUCGGAGCCGGCGAUAGCGCAGGCGCGCGUUCUGGCCGCGUCCGAACUGUUUUCCGACGAUGACCGGUCCGUCGCGGCCGACUCGUGGUCGAUAAAGAGCGACUACGGGAGCACGCUGGACGACGACCAACGGCACGCCGACGCCUCCGAGGCCCUGUGUGCUGGCGCCCUCCGCGCGGCUUCCGACUACAGUUCCGAUAAGGACGAGCAGGAAGAUGAAGUGGAAACGGAGAACUCAAUGCUAGGUUUGCAGAGUUACUGGGAUUCUGCGUAUGCUGAUGAGCUUGUGAAUUUCCAUGAGCAUGGCCAUCCCGGAGAAGUCUGGUUUGGUGUUGAAGUGAUGGAAAUUGUGGCUGUUUGGACAAAGAAUCUGUGCGUCAAUUUUCCUCAAGUUCAUUGUAAGAGUCUCAGUGGUGAAAACAUCCCCAAAUCGAAUCCUGGUGAAGAGGUUGCAAAGCUUUUGGCUAGAUGGAGCGUGCUUGAUAUUGGUACUGGAAAUGGCCUGUUUCUUCAAGAACUUGCCAAGCAAGGGUUCUCUGAUCUGACUGGAACUGACUAUAGUGAAGGUGCAGUAGACCUUGCAAGAAAUCUUGCUGACCGUGAUGGUUUUCCUCAUAUCCACUUUCAGGUUGAUGAUGUUCUUGAGACAAAGCUAGAGAAGCAAUUCCAACUUGUUACAGAUAAAGGGACAUUUGAUGCAAUCGGGCUGCAUCCUGAUGGCCCUGCCAGGCGGAAUUUGUAUUGGGAAUCAAUAUCAAAGUUGGUUGCGCCUGGUGGACUGCUGGUGAUCACCUCUUGUAAUAACACAAAAGAUGAAUUGGUGCAAGAAGCUGAGAGCUUCAGGCCGAGACUGCCUGCAGCUGUGGCCUCGGAUACACAGGGAAGCGAGCCUACACUCCCUCCUUUCAGAUAUCUGGACCAUGUCAAGUCAUAUCCAACAUUUAGAUUUGGAGGAGUUGAAGGGACGCGGGUGGCAACUGUUACAUUUGUGCGAAGAAUUGGUUCUUGACUGGAGUCAUACUUGAUUGGUGCAAUCUGGUAGUACAUGCUUGCAUCAUCAUUGGUUGCUGGCAGUGACCUUGUUUAUCUUGUGAUUUUCCUGUCUUUCAGAUGCUUCUUUUGACAAUUGUAGAAUGCUUUUAUUUCAUGCGAAGGAAAUCCAAUGUACAUUCAUGAUCA